AUGCUUACUCCUCCUUAUCAUUUCUCCAUUGUCGCUUCCCCUUGUCCUUCUCCGUCCCCUAUCCUUUCCUCUUCGUCUUCCCAUGUGACUUCCGAAAUCCUCUACAGAGGCUCAUUACCUCUACCCAGAAAUCAGUCCUUCAUUAGGAGAUUGAAUUUGAAGACACUCGUCGUACUUCGCAAGAAGCAAUUGAAAGAAGAUGAUCCUCUAUUGAAAUGGACAAGGAAAAGGGGCAUACAGGUCAAAUGGGUCAAAGCGGAUGAAAUGAGUGAAGAGAAAUUAGGUAUGGGUAAAAAUGAAGUUUCAGAGGUAUUAAAGAUCAUACUGGAUCCCAAAUCAUAUCCAUUAUACAUUGCAGAUAUAGAUGGGAUAUCACAUACAACCUUGAUAGUGUCUUGUUUGAGGAAAUUACAAGGAUGGAAUAUGGAUUGUAUAGUGAAUGAGAUUUGUCGGUUUGAACCGGAAUAUGAAGAUUUACCAUUAAUGCCUUUCGUUCAAAGUUAUCUUUCUCAACAAUCUAGUACUUCCACAGCCGGUACUUCCUCUUCCUCUUCUUCUUCACAGAACGAUACUGCAUUCAUGUUACCUCAACCACCUUAUCCAUCUUGGAUAUGGCCAUCUCAACCUCAAUCUCAAUCAUCCCUGACAUCAGCUACUAUCUCUUCACAACCUAACGUGCAGAAUCCUGGUGCAAAUAUGAAAUUACGUGAUAGAUCAACAUCAACAGCAGCUUCAAAUUCAACGUUAUCAAAUCCUUCCAAUGCAAACACGAGUACCAAUUCAAGCUCAUCAAACAUAUCUUCAUCAAAUAACAAUUCGGCAUUACUUCCUUUCCCACAUCCAUUGAUUAUAAGGAAACAUCCUACUAUGAAAUUAACUUUUCCUGUAUUACCACUACCUACACCACCUAUACCUUCUAAUUCACCUCUUUUAUCUCCUAGUGGAUUAACAAGAGUCAGUUCUAGAAGAGCCGUAGCUACUGGAGUUGGGAGUGAUAAAUCUGCUUUGAUUUCACCUUUACCUUUGCCGACUACAGCAAUCCCUUCCAUCCCUACUUUUGGCGAAGAUGGCAUCUUAGGUCAAGCUUUUGGCGCUCUACAUAAUGGCUUAACUGGGAUGGCAAAUAUCUUAGCUGGAACAAAUUCAAAUCCCACAAAUCCAACGACGAAUACAAAUACAACUCCACUGACGAGCACAAAUCCAACCACCAAUGCGAACACGAACGUCAAUGAUCCAGCAGAAGAACAAAGUAAUAAAUUAGGUAGAACAGCAUCUCCGUCAGGGCUUUUACCUGAUACAGUCUCACAACCUCACUCACAAACACUGCCUUCUUUCCAGCAAAAUCAAUCACAGCAACAACAACAAGGACUAAAUCCAUCAACGCAUUCAUCACCUUUGAAAUUAUCGCGAGAAGCUACAAUCUCUUCAUCCGAUCAAUAUAUUUCGGAAAGUAACGAUUCUGCUGCUGGAACAGAAGAAGACGUGAAUUCUUAUGUUGGCGAAUACGAAGAUGACGAUGAUGUGUAUUAUGAAGACGAAGAUGAUGAUGAUGAUGAUGAUGAUGAUGAAGACGACGAUGACGAAGAUGAAGAUGACGAGGACGAAAGUAACGAACCGACUUCACAGUAUAUCUCCGCUUUGGAUUUGGCUGGUUUUGGAUGA